AUUUGUUCGACAAAAGCUGGAAUACUUGGUCAUUUUGUCACACCGGAGGGCAUCAGUCCAUUGGCGGACAAGAUUUAAGCCAUCCAAGAGUGGCCGGAGCCGCAGAACGUUAUGGAUGCCCGUUCGUUCCUUGGCCUUGUUGGCUACUACCAAUGUUUCAUCAAGGGAUACUCGAAGAUUGCGACUCACUUAACCAAGCUUCACUGCGAGGAUCGGCCGCUUGACUUCGGUGAGGAUGCGCGAGAAUCAUUUUUGCCCCUCAAAGCUGCGUUAUUAUCCACGGAGGCCUUGUGCAUAUACGCCCCACUAUUGCCAACGUGCGUUACUACGGAUACGCCCGGCUAUGGCAUUGGUGCCGUCCUCGAACAACACGAUGGCGUGGACUGGCACCCGGUCGAGUACUUCAGCAAGAUAGUGCCCUUCGUGCACUCAAUUAAUGAUGCACGCAAGAAGGAGCUCCUAACCUUUGUCCACGCACUCAAGCGGUGGCGGCACUUCCUCCUUGGUCGAAGUCAAUUCCGAUGGGUAACGGAAAACAAUCCGUUGGUCUUCUACAAGACCCAAGACACCGUCAAUAGCACCAUCGCCCGUUGGAUGGCUUUCAUCGACCAAUUUGACUUCUUUCCCAAUCACAUUCAGGGGAAGUCUAACCGUUUUGUGGAUGCUCUUUCACGGCGUCCGGAUCAUUGUACCGUGGUCUAUUUGACCUUCCAGAUCGAUGACGACCUGCGAAACAGCUUCAUCCGCGGCUACCAAGCCGACCCCGAAUUUCGCGACAAGUACGCGAAUUGCUCCUCUCCUAAUCCGGCGCCUUCUCACUACUGGAUCCAAGAGGGGUACUUGCUUGUCCACACGCGGGAGAAGGACCUUCUUUGCGUGCCAAGUGAUUCUCACUUGCGGACACGGCUUCUUUGCAAGUUCCACGAUGCUCCCGCCACCGGACACUUUGGGGUCAAUCGAACGAUUGGCCGACUUCGCGAGCGCUUUUGGUGGCCCGGCCUUCUCGGCGACGUCACACGCUAUUGCGAGUCAUGCGAGGUUUGCCGACGCUGCAAAUCCCGCAAUCAUCGUCCGUACGGCGAGUCCGCCGGUAUCCGAAGUUCCCCAUUUGCUGAUUGUUGGCGGUGUCGUUUGUUUUCGAAUGCAUCCUCCGCUACGUCUGGUGCAGACACAAUGUCUACGUCAAGAGGCGAGGAGCAGCCUACGGGGACCUCGGGGAGAGAGUCGACGAACGCAAAAUCGUGGUCGAAUCAUGCGCAUACGAAGUGGUUCGUCGAUUGGUGCUUCGCCGAAGAUGACGAGCCCAUGAAACCGCCUUGCGGUCUUGUCAUCUUCGUGGAAGAUAGAAAAGGACGAAGAGUGCUCGGCUCGGUCAAGGGAUGGCAGCCAUCGAAAAAACACGACAAGCAGUGCUACCUGAUGCAUGUCAUUUACAAUUCGAAGGGCGACGUUCUGGCAGGUGCGAAAGGGGCGAUUCUCUCGUGGGAUCUGUUCCAGGGGUUUGGUGGGGGGGCUUUGAGGACCCCUUUCUACACUGAAGUCGCGGAGGGAGGUCUUGUUUCGGCCAGGGAGUUUUUUUACGAGGUCGAGAGGAGCGACUUCAACCUCGACGAUCCCUGCCAAAUUUCGAGCGACCUGGAACUGUCGCUUCAUGUGCAAAUGUGGUCUGGGUUCAUUUCCAGUGGUUCAGUACAGCCCCGACAGGGUGAGGAAAUGGGUUCCGGUGGUUCAGUACAGCCCUGGCAGGGUGAGGAACGUGGUCGCUUCGAUGACAACGAGGAGGAAGAAGAGGAGAACACGCGAGUUUCGCCGCAUAGACUCGGAGAUCGCGGGACGCUGAGAAUUCCGGGGGCUGAGAGAGGGGCAACGGUCGUCAAGCAGCCGUCGACGUCGGGUGGCGGUCGUGCCUUGGGGUGGGAGGACAGGACAAUUGGCGUCAAGCCACCCCAGUCGGCCCCUGUCCAGCCCAGAGGUGUUAUCGACAUCGACGCGGCAUACUUCCUGGAAUGGGAAAACGGCGUGCAAACAAAGCGGGAGUUCGUCAUUAACCUGUUGCAAGUCGUCGACAUCGGCGAGUGGGAGGCGGCAUACAACCAGCGUUCCUUGGAUCCCGUGCAAAUACAGGCCAGUAUUGACGCAAUGACGACGGCCUACUCUCAGACCGAGAAGACUUACGAGCUGCCGACACUAAAGCUCGCGCCUCUCGGGCUGGUUAAACCGACGCCCGGGGUGCGGGCGGAUCGUCUGAAGCCGGAGGACUGGGAGGACGAGCUGGCAGGGCAAUACUACUACUACGCCGUGGCGGGCCAGCAUAACGCGGCUGCAGCCAGGGCACUGCUUGGCACCGAUGUGGCAGUGAGGUACAACUUCGAGCGCUGGCCUGCACGAAUGGUGUACUUCUCAGACGAGGACUUUGAGGGGUACUUUCUGGUCAGCGCCGAGGACAACAAGAAAGACCUGAAGGCCCCUCCGAGACAGCUGAAACUCUCCAUGAGAGACAUUCGNGACUUUGAGGGGUACUUUCUGGUCAGCGCCGAGGACAACAAGAAAGACCUGAAGGCCCCUCCGAGACAGCUGAAACUCUCCAUGAGAGACAUUCGGUGGUGUUGGAAGGAAUUGGGUUACCCGAAAGCUGUUAUGGGUAACCCCAGCGGGAAACAGGCGCAGGUGGAGGCAUGGCGAAGAUUUUGUGCGGAGGCGCUCCACAGGACGCCGUACAAUCACUUGUGGACUCUCGCCGAUGACAAGACCGAGCAAGGAAUCAAGAAACAGAACGCUGCCCUUCAAUCCUAUUUCCCGCUCGCGAUGGCAAGGAAAAGCGCAUGGGAAACCGGGAUGGAAUUUUUUGAGAGAUGGGAAACGGGCAGACUGCUGGCACCAGAAGGAGCGAAGUGGAUCGCGAAGAAGAAGAAGGUGCAAGGCCUCAAGCCAGGUGUGAGCCACAUCGAAAACGAGAAGGAUGGGCGAAAGGUGGUCGUCUACAAUGUCCCCGUCGAAGGGCCACAAAAGAAAGGCAAGAAGGAAAAAGAGCCAGGCGACUGGUUCGUCCAGAGUCCUCCGAAUUUGGCGAAGCAAGGGAAGCUGGGGAUGCAAGAGGCAGUGCAACUGGUGAAAUGCGAUCGCAUAUUGGUGCGGUUGUGGAACUACAACCAGUUCAAGCAUGAGAACCGGCCAGACAGUGACUGGACCACUAAGUACCCCUUCUUGAAAAAACGAGAGGCGAUUUUGGCAAAGUUUGAAGGGCAGGGGAUGGAUGCAGCGUUGUGGGACGGGAGCAGGAAACUUGUCAGCGACUCCUCCUUGUUCAAGGACUGUCCGCCCUACAUGGGUUGCGAGGACGACAAGUCGAUCAAGGCGACAGAAAAGCUAGUCCAAAACAAGAAGUUGCCCAUCGACUGGAAGAACAAGGUCCUCUCUGUGUUGACCGGCAGCAGGUCGAAAAGCAUGCAAGUCGCGCUGGCCGAAGGUAUGGUGCACAUUCUGUGGAACGACUCGAAGGAUGUCACAACUAUUGCCCCGUUCGGUGUCGACCCUCUGGAUGCGCAGAUGAAGGUCGUGGAGUUGGAGAGGGCGGUCGGAAUCAUGAAAUGCCACACGUGCGUUCUCGACUUGUGCGAACAGGUGGACAUCAAACAGUGGACAGCUAAAGUCUUCGAGAGUUUGAAUGCCCUCCUGGAGCACUUGUUCCCCUCGCACUGGACAGUAGUUGCGUUCGUCCCUCGUGAGCACGACUACUACUUCAUGACCAGCCUGCGCCAUUUGUCCGUCGUGAAGGCAAUGGCCGGGAAGUGGGUGAGGAGGACGCAGCAGAAGAAAAGUUUCGGUGUCGGCCACAACUUGUACUCCUUGGACGACCGCAUGUACAUCCUUUUCAAAGGCGACGACUUGMGGGAGAACACAUCUGUUGUCWACGACGMGAGSUUGGCGGCGGGUGAUGCUGCCGCGGUGGGGGCACUUYAGAAAAAGGAUGAGAACAUCCACUUCGAAGGGCACGACCACACGCGUUCCACGGAGGCAGACUGGGGUCAUGACAUGAUUUGGCACCCGGGGACGAUCCAGCCCGCAAUUCGGAAGGGGGAGUGGGUCAUGGCCAUAGUCGACACUGAUGGGGAAUGGAAGCCGUCCGAGCGCUUGGCCAAGUCCGACUACUUGGAUAUCGCGAGGAGUGUUGUGGUGGACAAAGUGACGUCAGAGAACAGCAACCUGCAGCCCGCCGACCCGUCCAUCAUUGCCACUGCUGGUCGCUUGUUCCUGGAACUUCAUGACAAGCAGUGGUUGGAACUAUGUGACGAUUUCUACGACCUCGAGACGAGUUCUUCGAAGAAAAAGGUGAACUGGAAAGUACCCCCGUCGACAGGGACCGAGGGUAGUGUGGGAGGAGGACCUCCGAGCCCCCCCGGGGACGGAGGGGGGGGAGGCAGUGGCCACGAGGAAGGAGGUGGCGGAGGCAGUGGCCAUACGACAUCAGGGGGAAGUGCGCCGGCAUCAUCGCCUGCCCCUGGCGGUCAGGGCAGGAUCGCGCACAGCGGCGUGGGGGAAGGGGGGGUGAACGUCACACACUCCCCAACAUCAGGGAGUGCCAAGUCGGGGAAGUUCACCCGCAUCCGAACUUCGCAGACGGAGGACCCAGUGCCCGUGGAGGCAGCGAAGUCGGUCGGAAUCCGCACUUCGACGACUCUGGAGCAGGCGGCCCUUCCCUUGUGGACUGCUUUCGGCUCCUCCGGUGAAGUGGGGCGGGGCUCACGUGCAGGGGAUUCUGUCUCCACCGUGAAGGGCAAGUCCGCGGGCAUCCCUACCAGGGCGGACGACAUUCAGGCGAGUGUACCGGUCCAGCGGAGCUCUACAGGAGCACAGGCGUCGGAGACGGGCACCGCCCUGGCUGUGCGGGAGGCGACGCCGCCGGCCCUUGGACAAGGCCGAUCUGCGGAGUCACAGAGAGAGAUUGCUGGUGCAGCGCCGUCCGCCUUCCUUGUGACGAAGUCCGCCGGUAUCCGUACUUCGUCCGUGACGUGCCUGCAGUCUGAGGAGGCAGGGACGGAGGAAGGUGGUACGUCUGUUCAUACAGACGACCACUCCUUGGGAUCCGCCUUGAUGCGGCUGCAAGGAGCCGAGUCGAGUGAGACUGACGGGGGGGAAGAAUGGGUGCAAGUCGAGGGCGGGGAAGAAGAUGGAGAAUGGGAGGAGAGGGGAGAAGGAGACGAAGGGCGAGAGAAGGAGUUGAUUACAUUGUGCGACGGGGAAGACGGUGAAGAAGGAGGACUCAGUAUUACAAACGAGGAAAGGGUGGAUGCCGGAGACAAGGAUGUCUGUGGGGAGACAUCUGAUUCGUUCGGUCUGGUGUACGCCAGACCAGGUGAAGGUGAUAUUGACGACGAUGCGACGACGAUGGAUAUGGAGACGCAGGUGGUUAGUGACCUUUCCGUGGACCACGAAGAAUAUGACGCCCACCACCUGGCCACGGCGGUGCAUCCCCCCGACGGCUGCGACGAGGCUAUCAUGACAGUGAGCCCGGCGAAAACGACUCGCCGUCUUAGCGUCAACGAGGUCAUCGAUAGCAUACUGGGCGACGUGCAAGCUAAAACACUUCCAUCCACCCCGUCAAAAGGCGAUGCCCUUCUCAGCAACGACACUUUCGCGGCUGGGGACUUGGCGCUCAUCCAGCGGUGCUUUCCGGUACCCUCGUCACUGCUCACAGGAGGAAGAGGGGGGGUUGUUGGGGGCCGCCAGCACAUCAUGUCCCCAAAAAAGUGCAGGGUAGGCACUCCGGCCCUGACUGUCCUCGCCUUACCAGCGCCUACGUCGCCGACGAAGGAGCGGAAAGAAAAACAAGCUGGUAAGCAUUGACGAUCGUCGCGAUGUCAGCACUCCCGCGUUUCGGGAUUGUCGACGCUGUCUGUCAACCCCGUUGCCGGUUUAUGCCCCACGUAAGAUGGACAAAAUUCCGCUUCACUUGUCAUCGAGGACCAAUUGGCCUCUUGUUCUUUAACACACCGUCACGCUUUAUUCUGCGACCGCUCAUCCGCUCCUCCCUCUACAAGUCCUUUGUCGCCGUCUCGACUUUCUAUCUUUGGCCGACACCUGUAGUGCGGAUACCGGCGGACUACAAGACAGACCGUCCGAUAAACGACUUUCGCAGCG